AUGUCGUAUAUCGUUUUCUUUUUACUUAUUACUAGUCGAUAUAUUUUUGGAGCACCAAUUUUAGAAGAAUCUCUUCAAUAUCGUUUUAUUGAAUGUAUUUCAGGUGACAAUGAUACAUUAUCAAAACAAAUCGUUGAAUUAACUAAUAUUAAUGAAACAUGUGUUCGAGUAAAUAAAUCAUCGGCAUCGAAUAAUGAAAGUUAUAAAUAUAUUGUUCCCGAAGCAGAAACAACUCUUGAAAUUCAAAUUACAAUUGAAAGUUGUUCAACGCCACUAACCAAACUUUAUUUAAGUUUAUGUAAUGAUCAAACAGAUUAUAAUAAUACUGAAGUUAUGGUGACUUUCCCAUAUACAAAUAUAAGUUCUAUUGAUAAAAUAGAUGAAAAUGAAAAUAAAAAUACAUCAACAAGUGAAACAACUGUUUUUACUACAGAUUCAACAGCCUAUGAAACAACGACUAAUAUUAAUCAUGAUUCAGAUGAAGAUGGAAUUAAUAUUAAUCAUAAACCUUCAUACAAUUUUGACAAAGUAAUUGAAUCAAGUGAUAGUGAUUCAGAAGAAGAUGAUUCGUUUAAAAUUAAUUAUUAA